CGGCCCGGCCCGGCAGCCCUUGCGCCCGCGCCCCGCCGCCACCUUUCCCGGCGCCGCUGCCCGGCGGGGCCCGCUCGGGGCGCGAAGACCCCACCCCGUCCCGCUGCCGCCAUGAAGCUCCGCGUUCGGCUGCAGAAGCGAACGGCAGCCCUGGAGGUGCAGGGGGCGGAGCCAACGCUGGGGGAGCUGCGCGCGCAGCUGCGCCUGGCCCUGCUGCCCGCCUGGGGGUACAGUUCUGAUACCACAUUUUCAAUAACAUUGAACAGAAAAGAUGCUCUCACAGAGGAUCAGAAGACCUUAGCUUCGUACGGGAUUGUUUCUGGUGAUUUGAUUUGCUUACUACUAGAAGAGCCAGAUGGACAACCCAGCCUACCUCCUCCUCCACCUCCUUCUGCUCCUCCACCACUUCAGAAUGGUCAUGAGCCGUCCACCUUGACCCCCAACAAAAGUCAGGCCAACAGUCCAAAAGGAGAAGGGCAGAAUGAGCAGUCUAACAAUGAGAAGGCUCAGGUGGAAGUUCAAGAGAGUGAUGAGAGGGCAGGAUCCAGCCUAGAAUUUCCUUCUGGAUUAGUCCCAGAAGAUGCUGACCUGGAAGAAGGUACAGGUUCCUAUCCCUCUGAACCCAUGCUGUGCAGUGAAGCUGCUGAUGGUGAAAUACCCCAUUCCUUAGAGAUGCUCUACCUUUCUGCUGACUGUACCAGUGCCACUGAUGCCUUGAUCGUUCUGGUUCAUCUUCUCAUGAUGGAAACAGGCUAUGUACCUCAGGGGAUAGAAGCCAAGGCAGUCUCUAUGCCAGAGAAAUGGAGAGGGAAUGGUAUUUAUAAGCUACAGUACACACAUCCCCUUUGUGGAGAAGGUUCUGCUGGUUUGACUUGUGUGCCUCUGGGAGAGCUUAUUGCUAUUAAUGCAACAUUAAAAAUCAAUGAAGAGAUUAAAAGUGUUAAGAGAAUCCAGCUAUUGCCAUCAUCCUUUGUUUGCUUUCAGGACCCAGAGAAGGUUGCAGGUGUUUACAAAGAUCUUCAGAAAUUAUCCCGUCUCUUUAAAGACCAGCUGGUCUACUCUCUCCUGGCUGCUGCCCGACAAGCUUUGAACUUACCAGAUGUGUUUGGGUUAGUGGUCCUUCCUCUUGAGCUCAAGCUUCGGAUUUUCAGACUUCUGGAUGUCCGUUCCCUCAUCUCUCUCUCUGCUGUUUGCCGUGAUCUCUACACAGCUUCCAAUGACCAGCUUCUCUGGAGGUUUAUGUAUCUGCGGGAUUUCCGAGAUCCUAUUGCAAGGCCUCGUGACACAGACUGGAAAGAACUAUACAAGAAAAAGUUGAAACAGAAGAAGGAGGCCCUGAGAUGGAGGCACAUGAUGCUUCUGCCCCCUAUACCUCAUCCAAUCCCCUUUCAUCCCAACCCAUUCUAUCCUAAUCCCUUUCCACCCAACCCAUUCCCAUCAAAUCCAAUCUAUCCUCCAGUGAUCAUUGGGGGAGAAUAUGAUGAGAGACCAAUGCUUCCAUAUGUUGGAGACCCAAUUAACUCACUCAUUCCUGGCCAGGGAGAAGCACCAGGUCAGUUUCCUCCAUUCAGACCACAUUUUGACCCAAUUGGCUCCCUGCCUGGAGCAAACCCCACGCUUCCAGGACGAGUUGGUCCCAGUGACAGGUUUUCACCUCGACCCAGCCGGGGCCGCCCCAUGGACAUUCGCCGUGCAUUCAUUUGAUCGCUGCUUUUUCCUGCAGGGAGUUUUGUAGUUGCUGAGCUUGCUUUCUAACUGAUUGCAAAUCCCAGGCACUAACAUCUGCCUUCAGAUUGUCUCAAGAACAUGUGUGCAUGGUAAUGUCCCAACUACAGAGGCUGGGUUUGUUUUGUGCUCUGGUAGUGCUGUACCACCUGGCACUUAAGGUCUGUUCCUCACAGAGCUACGACUUAGAGCAGUUUGUUCUGCUUCCCCCCCCUCCUUGCCCUUAAUCGUCUGUGAAGUGCUACUUAGAGACCAGGAUACUGGCCAAAUCCUUACUGCAUCAGAUAAAGAGCACUUUAAAUACUAA